UAAUUGACCAUAAAAGACUACCAAGUUUGACCAUCUCAAUGUUGAACUUGUUUGGGCCUUAUUCGGACCUGUCCCUUCAUAAACAAUCUGUUCGCGUUUGUUCGUCUUAAAAAUCUCUCAAAGGAAAGACAUUAGAGAUCGUUCAACUGGUUUUUGCCGUAAUCUGAACCAGGCAAUAGCAAUGGACAUGGCAGAUAAGUCUGCAAUGCAGAUGGACAUAGCGCUACAAGUUGUAGUACUGGGCGUCGCUCUGGGUCUCAUGUGGGUAUUAUGGGGUGGGGGUGUACCGCGUGCUUUAGCACGGAUGACAGGUCCGAGCCGAACCAAGAUCGAAUCCCGGGCACACUUCGUAAAGGGCGCUCAAUUACUGGCCCGGUCCAGAUCGGCCAAGCCAUCGCUCUCUGAGAGUUUAGCCGGCGAGGCGGCGGACGAGGCGGAGAGGGCCAUAGCCCUUAAUUCUACAGAUGCCGCCUGUCAUAUACUCAAGGGUUUGGCUCUCGAGCGCCAGGGUCACAUGGUCGCUGCUCUCAAUUCCCUUGACACUGCCCUCUCCCCUAGGGUUGUGAAAAGCCUGGCCAAAACUGAGCAGUCGGAUGCGCUGUUUAAGCGGGCGGAAAUUCGGCUCGGAGGGGACGCCAAGAAGCGCCACGUGGAUGCUGCCAUUGCUGACCUGGAGGCUGCUGUGGCCCUUAAUGAGAAGAAUGAGAAGGCGCUGUGUUUGCUGGGGACUUGUUAUGAGAAAAAGGGGAUGAAUGUGGAGGCGCGGCGGGCGUUUCAGGAAGCUCUGAAGGCCGAGCCGCAACUCAUCGAGGCCAAGGCAGGUCUGGAACGCCUUUCUUGAUUUCUAAGAUUUGAAGAGGGGGCGCGUUUUAGGGUUUUGCUUUUCUUAUUACUUUUUUUAAAAGUUGGAAAAUAAUAAGGCUUUGGUCGAAAGGCAAUCAUGAUUCGUCCGUCUCUUCUGAUUUUAGGUAGGAAAAUAAGUCGCAAUUCAGUCAUAGUAUCUACUGUAUUAAAUCCCCAAAGGUCAGUUUGGUUCAUCACUCUGGAAUUUAGGCUUUCUAUGCUUUUAGGGAUUUUUCUUGGUUAAGGAAAGAAAUUUCCUUCCGACAUCUAAUUCCCGAAAGCCAAUUUGGUAAGUCUCUCCUGCGUUCAGGUUCUUGUCUGCUUCAGUUUAUGUUAGGAAACAACAAGCAUUUUCAUCAGAGUAUGGACGGUAUCAAAUAUCCACAAGUACCUUCUACUUGAAUUAAGGGUUUCAAGGGCGUUUAGGCUUUUCAGGUUUUGAUUUCCAGACGAGUGUAUCUUUAGAAAGAGCACGUUCAUCAGAAUACAAACUGUAUCUUAAACUUUCUUGCAUCGACAUUUUAAGGGGAAUUUUUUUAUCAGAUUCUCCUGCUGUAUAAUAUAUUUAACUUAUUUUGCCCCCAAUAAAUAUGUUCAUUUGGAAACAUAAUUGAUAAAUUAAUAUUUUUGUUGUUAAGGAGUUA